CUUAUGACAGAUCACCUAUAUCCAGAAGCUCAACAUCAACUCCGAGAUCAUUUGCUAGAUCACUUUCAAGAUCGAUUUCCCAAUCUCUUAGAAAAGGAAAAUCAAAGGCUGAAUUCAACGUCGAUGACCUCCAAUACGAUGGAGAGCCCAUUACCUUCGCUUGUAUAGCCAAAGCUAAUCAUCGUGAAUUUUAUGUGGAACAUGUUAAUGACACUAUCCCAGAUUAUUUGGUAAAAAGUCUAAACAAUAACAGAGGUCUGUCAUUGUUUUUCCUUGGGGCUGGAAAUGAAAUUACUUCAGCAUCUGGACUUUUGUUUAAGUUUGCCAGAGAAUGGUUUAUUACAUCUGGAAACAAUGUUUGUUUCGUAUCGUAUUGCUAUUCAGAUAAACCAAGAACUGGAUGUCAAGCAAUUGGACAUUUGGAUAAAUUGGUGGUAACAAAUCGGCUUGAAUAUGUGGCGAAAAUGGUGCGUGAUUUGGUGUUGAAUGUACGAUAUCAAUCUCAAUCUUCAGCCGGAGAUAAUAUUCUCCAUAUGUCACGGGUGGAUGUGACUGGUUUCAGUUUUGGUGCGCAUAUCGCUGGCAGAACUGCCGAAUAUUUGCUUAGUAAAACAGGCGAAAAAGUUAGAAUGUUACUAGCAUUGGAUCCAUCCAGAACCCCUCCGUUUCUGGCUAAAACUCCCAAAGACACAAUUAAACCAGAUUUAGCCGAAUAUGUUCAAGUGAUUCAUACCUCGAGUGUUCAGGGAAUGACUAAAACUAGACUUGGACACGUUGAUAUCUACGCUAGAUUAAAUGGUGGCCGAAUCCUGA